AUGGCCGAGGGCAGGAGCGGCAGCGCCGGGCUCUUCGCCAGGCAGGUCCAGAAGCACUUCAGCCGCGCCCAGGAGAAGGUUUUGCAAAAAUUGGGCAAAACGGUGGAAACCAAAGACGAGCAGUUCGAGCAGAGCGCCUACAACUUCCAGCUGCAGCAGAACGAGGGCCACAAACUCUACAAGGACCUCAAGGGGUUCGUGGGAGCCGUGAGAGUGAUGCACGAGAGCUCCCGCAGAGUGGCCGAGACGCUGCAGGAGAUUUACAGCCCCGAAUGGGACGGGCACGAGGAGCUCCGCGCCAUCGCCGACAGCAAUGACCUCCUGUGGGAUGACUACGAGGCGAAGCUGGCUGACCAAGCCCUGCGGCUCAUGGAGAAUUACCUGGCUCAGUUCGGGGAUUUUAAGGAGCGCAUCGCCAAGCGGGGCCGAAAGCUCGUGGACUACGACAGCGCCCGGCACCACCUGGAGGCUCUGCAGAGCGCCAAGAAAAAGGACGAGGCCAAAAUCGCCAAGGCCGAGGAGGAGUUCAAUAAAGCCCAGGCGGUGUUUGAGGACCUGAACAGGGACCUGCGGGAGGAGCUGCCGGUCCUGUACGGCAGCCGCAUCGCCUGUUACAUCACCGUGUUCCAGAACAUCUCCAACCUCCGUGACGUCUUCUACAAGGAGAUGAGCAAGCUCAACCGGGACCUGUACGAGGUGAUGAGCAAACUGGAGAAGCAGCACUCGAGCAAGGUGUUCAUCAUCAAAGGCGUUCCCAGCAACCGCCGCUCUCUGGUCAUCUCCGCGCCCGUGAGCCCCCCGGCCAUGUUCCCCUGCCCGGACAAGGCGCCCGUGGAGGACGCGGAGGUGACACCGGCGUCCCCCGGCGGGGACAGCGCCGCCCCCAGCGCGGAGCCGGGGGCUGUUUCCCCCGGGCCGCCCCCGGCUUCGCCCGCCAGCGGCGCCUCCCUGGACACGGAGUCGGUGUCCAGCGAGGAGCCCCCGGAGCCCGGCCACGACAACGAGCCCCCGGGGCGGGCGACAUCGGCGACAGGGUCGGUGUCCAGCGAGGAGCCCCCGGAGCCCAUCUCCAACCCCGACGCCCCGUGCCCGGGGCAGGAGCCAUCGGCGACAGCGGCGGCGCCGGGGGGUGACAGCGGGGCGCGGGGGGGCCCCGAGGGCAUCGCCGCCUCCCUGGCGUCGCUGAUUUUAUCCGAGGCCAUCGCCCAGGCCGCUGGCACCUUGUCACCAGAGCCGGGCACGGCAGGGGACAGCGCGGCCACCAGCGCCGAGGGUCGGGCACGGCCCGCGGUGUCCCCGCCCGCAGCUGUCCCCUGCCGUGCCCUCGGCCCCGCGGCGGCACCGGCGACACCCCGGGAGCCGUGCCAGCUCGGCGGGGAGCGGGGACAGCGCGGGGACACCCAGGACAGCGCGGAGGCGGCGGGUGUCGGGCCGGAGGUGCGCAAAGCUCAGGGCUGUUCCGGGACACCGGAGCAGGACACGAGCCAGGACUCCUCAGGUGCUGCAGACCCCCUCCAGGAUCCCCCCGAGUGCCUCAGCACCCUCUGAUCCCACGGGAAAUGCGGCAUCUUCCCCAAAUUUAUUCCCCAGAAAGUAUUUCCCAGCCCCCAUCCCGUCUGAAAUAAAGAUGAAAAAGGUGGCAAAAUCCCAAA